AUGCACGCCCUCCGCAGUCCCCGCGUACACGCACGCCCGCGAGCGCAAAGACCGCACAGGUUCGCAUCUGUGUCCCACCGCGGCCUCAUCGCGCUCCCGCCCUCCACCGCCCACCGCCCGCCCCUACCCCCCCACCGAAGCCCGCACCUCCUGGACCCGCUCCUGGACUCGCUGCUCGCCCCGCACCAGCUCCUCACACCCGACGUACGCACUGCGCUCCUCGCCCAGCUGUUGCGCCCAGUGCGCUUUGCGGCCGCUGCCCCGCGCGUGAAAGAGGAUGCAGAGCAGGAGCAGCCAAAGCAGCCCGAUUCCCCGUCCGCGCACUCAGCCUCCGCACACGACCAGCACCCGCCGCCGCCCGAGAAAGAGGAACCUCCACCGCCGCCGGAGCCGGACGCGGUCUCGGACGCAGAGUGGGAGCUGCGCACAGGCCGGGCGAUCGACGUCCUGCACCGCACGCUGCCCGACUUCUUCCGCACGGGGCUCGUCACCUCCCCCGCAGACGAGGUAGGGAUCUACAGCCCGCGCAUCCGCCUCGCGUACACCCCCGUCGUCCCCCUCCCCGCGCCCUUCCCCCGGACGCUCCACAUCGAGGGCCUCCCGCUGUACCUCGCCUCCUCCGUCUUCGUCCGGCACACCCUCAACGCGCUCUACACCGACCUCCACGUCGAGCUCCGCGGCGUGCGCGUGCACGGCCCCCCUGCACCGCCCGCGCCGGACGAUCCGCAGAGCGCACCGCGCAAGAUCCGCGAGAAGAGCCUCAUCAUCGGGCUGUGCGUCACCGGCGCCGUGCGCGUGAGCGGCGCGCCCGGCGGGUGGCAAGUGAACUCGACGUACGCGUUCUCGCCCCUCAGCGGCCUCGUGCAGACCCACACGGUCGACUCGAUCGAGCCCGCGCCCCACCAGGCCGUGUUCGACGCCCUGCGCGCACUCGGCUUCGGGUUCGGGCCCGGCGCCGGUGCGGGGCCCGUCGCGCGCUCGGGCGGAGGCAGUCGAUGCGGUCGAUGA